AUGGCCGGUCUGGCGAUCCGCAUCCUUGCCCUGGUGGCCCUGGCGUGCUCGACGGGGCGCACGGCGUUCGGCUACCCCACGUUCUGGCGGGAAUGCGACAAGCACCCGACUGAGGCACUGGGCAAGCACCUCGCGCCGGUCAAGGACCGGUGGGUGUCGGUCGGAAGGGCUGUGGGCGCCGCCCCGCGUGGAUGCCAUCCUCGUGGUUUGAGCCCGAUGUACAUCUGUGACAAGUUUGGGCCAUCGGGAGCGGUCUUUGGAGUUUUCCGCACGCAAGGACAACUUUUGUGGUGCUUCAGGGCGACGAGCUUGAAGCUACUAAAAGUGAAUGAAGACGGCGGCAAGCCGCUUCCAGUGUCGGAGUUCUGCCCUGGCGUAGUGUAUGAACUCAAGGUCACAUACGGUCCCGCUGACGCCGAAGAAACUACGGAGGACGAGGAAGGAGAGGAGGACGAUGGGGAGGAAGGAACUACGGAGGACGAGGGAGAAGACGAUGGGGGGGAAGGAAUAACGGAGAGUGAGGAUGAUGGGGAGGAAGAAACUACAGAGGGCGAGGAAGGAGAGGACGAUGGGAUGGAAGGAAUAACGGAGGGCGAGGACGAUGGGGAGGAAACUACAGAGGGCGAGGAAGGAGAGGACGAUGGGAUGGAAGGAACAACGGAGGGCGAGGACGAUGGGGAGGAAACUACAGAGGGCGAGGAGGGAGAGGACGAUGGGGAGGAAGAAACUACGGAGGACGAGGAGGGAGAGGACGAUGGGGAAGAAGGAAGUACGGAGGACGAGGAAGUCGAUGGGAGGCGAUCGAUGGUAACUGCGUCAUCGGGUGUCUUCGAACAGGAUGGCGACGACGAAGGGCUUGAAUGUGGCGGCAUCAGGAAGACAAACAACAAGCAGCGUCCGAAGCACAAGAUGACGUGGACGGCGGAUUGCCCGGAGACUGCAGUUGGAAAACCAGGAGAAGUCACCUUCAUGAUAACUUCAGCCACCGGGGAACACUCGAAGUACUACCAAAGGAAGGUCACCUUCAAGCGCGGCGCCGAUUGCCCGCCUUGCGAAGUUUGA